CGACCAAUAAGAGCAGGACAGUCAGCCGCUCAUCCCACUUUCGAUGUAUUAUCUCGCACGAGCUCCAUUCCCAAGUCAAGUCAGAAAACCUAACUACCACGAUGGCGACACUACCAACCGCAGCCUUCAAGCUUCACGGCGGUUGCUUCUGCAACGCAAUCACCUACACAAUCUCCGUCCCCGACCUCACCUCUCGACCCCUCAACCCCAGCAAGCCCAGCAAACCCCUCGGCCCCCGCAACGAAGUCAACGCCCGUCUCCCUUGCAUAGCUCUCGACCACUGCACAACCUGUCGCCGCAUCCCUGGCUCCAUCUUACAAGUCUGGUUCAUAUGUCCUCAAUCCUGGGCCGAAUUCUCUCUUCAGCCUCGAUCACAUGACACCGCCACUACUCCAAUCAAGAUAUCAACUAGCGAGUUUCUGCUUCCGGAUAAGGACGUGCAGGAGAGGACGUGGGUAACUGGGUUCCAGAGCUCGGAAUUCGCGCAUAGGACGUUUUGUGGGAGGUGUGGGACGCAUCUGUCGUUCUUUUAUACGGGGCUCGAUCAGAAGCUUGCCGAAGAGGCCAAUUGGGGGCCGUAUUUUGAUCUUGUGUUGGGGAGCUUGAAUAAGGAGAGUCUGGAGGUGGAGGGGUUGUGGCCGGAUCGGCAGGUGUGGGUGGGGAGUGGGAUUGAGUGGGUGAAGCAGUUGGUUGCGGAAGGGGAGGGGAGUCUUUGUUGAUGUGUUAGAGUCAGUCUUUGGGAUGGAGAAAUGGUUGGCAGGUUGGAUUUCCCCUUUCUUGGAACUUUUGGAGAACAAAGAUAAUGGUCCAUGCAAUCGCUCGUUCGUCUGCGGCAAAAUCACAAGUUUAGGUCAAUUGGGUCAGUCGAGUCGGUGAGUUGGCAGGUAUCGUUUUGUAGGGCUGACCCUAACCUCUAAAGGAAGGACCAAGAUAAGAGGUGAAAUAUUUGGUCUACGCUCAGUCUUAAUUCCCUAUGUCAAAGAAUACAACCAUACUAUCACAAAGCUAACAACGCCAGAACGGAG